AGUUGCGUAUGAUGUGUCAGAUCCUGUUCUGGUCGAGGUUACUCUCCUCUUUCCUCGUGAUUUCUCGGUGAUUUUGGCAUAUCUGAGUUAUGCCUAUUGGUCGAGGAGGUGUAUCUAUAUGGGAGUUAAUUCGCAAAUAGUUAUUGGAUACAAGUUGGGCCACAAUAAAAGUGGGAGAGGAGGAAAAAAGAAAGCUGGAUGUCCCCACAAUGCAGCAGCAACAGGGAGAAGAGUUAGUGGAGGCCAAACCCGGAAAGUUUAGCAUGGAAUUGUGUCAUGUGCCAAUAAAGGUCCACAAAGUGCAGAUUUCACAAGCACACAAUGCCUAUGGGCAGAAGGUGAGUGUAAGGAAGUGGAGGCUGGACGGCCAGCGCGAAGUGGAUUCUUGAAAGAGUGCUGAAGGAGGGAACGACAGCAUUCGCGCCCAGCAAAACCCUUACAACGGAAUGCGCGUAAGGUGUGAUUGCAUGGAAGAUCAGUCACGGCGACUGAAGGAUUCAACAGAAAGAUCGGGUGGCAUUUGGUAUGGUCAAGAUUUAGAUCGGAGCACAAGUGAUUUACAGUCCCUAAGAAAUAUCCACAACAACCUCCUUCAGUACCCCCUUAAGGACUUCUGCACACUCCUUGGCAACAAAAAUGGGGUGACAUUAUAUGAUGCAGUCCAUGGUUCUGCACACACAUUUAGUACAGAUAUCUGGAAUAAGGAUCAUCCAGAGGCUGUGCCCUAUGCAAUAGACUUAAGCAAGCGACCCCUUCAAAAAUGUGCCAGUAACUUUGAUUUUGCGAGGAGCCAUUCUCCACCAAUUGAUCUCAGCACCCAGACCAGCCACACACUUGGCAGAGAACCCCUUUGGCUUGAGGAACCACCAUGUCAUCCUGUGGACCUUAGCAGCAAGCCAACACAGGCUAUACACGAGGAAGAGGUCAAUUUUCAACGAUCCUCCCCAGAAGCACACUUCGAUGGCGGGCAGGACAGUGAAAGCAAUUCCUCAGAUUGGCCACCCUUGCAGAUUGAUUUGGAUAACACAUCAGAUGAUGGGGAGGGUCCGAGACAAGAGAGAUGUGAGCCAGCACAAGAAGCUGAAAUGAAGAACGAGGAGCAGAUGGAGGAGAACUUGAGUUUCAUUUCAGCUGUGAAUGAUGAAGAAUUACCAGAACCAAGCCUCACUAAGAUUUCCAGUUACAGAAGAAGAAAACGUGGACCAAAAUCAUGGGAGUUUUUGAUGAGGCUUAUGGCUGAUAAGAGGACAAAUCCUUCGGUGAUUCGGUGGGAGGACAGAGAGGCUGCCACCAUUAGGCUCAUCCAACCACAUUACAUUGCCAAGCUCUGGGGGAAACGGUCGAGUAAAUCUAAUCUCACCUAUGAUCACUUUUAUGACUUCCCCAGGUACCACUACAAGAAGGGACAACUGAUCAAAGUUUCAGAACGGCAGCUGGUGUAUGGUUGCGGUCCGCAGGCCCUCAAGUUCUUAGAGCUGCUCCUCCAACAGAACCAGCUGAUGGGCGAUGUCAAUGAAGAUGCCAUGUGGACUGAGAUGCCAGAUGCAGCAGUACCCCAAGACCAUACAUACUUCAACAAGAAAGAAAUAUAGACAGUUUGGAAUUAAGAUAGGUGUAUUUCCCUAGUUGCAGAUGUUUCCAAGAAAACAGUAAAUGCAAAUUAACUUGACAGUGAAUCCAGUGAAAUUAUAUCAUAGAGAAAUAAUCCAGCCGUCCUGAUCAUGGGUUGAUGUUAAUGUACUAUCGCAGACAGACAUAUAAUGUUCCUGUUGUUUUAUGAUGAUAUUUGGUGGCUGUGAAACCAGAGUUAAUUAUUUUUGAAGAAUGUUAGUUUAUUUAGAUGUGUGCAUAGUUUAAAAAGGAGAAUAAGUAUACAGAAGAAUAUAGAUAGAUAUAUUUGCAUACUGUGAUGGAUGCACAAUUUGUUGGGUUUAAAUUCAGUAAGAGAGAUGUAAGACUAUCUUUAGGUUAAGGGUUCAUAUAAAGUACCUGAUUUGAAGUUAGAUACCAUGAGCCGUUGUUUAGUUUUGGUAAUGAGUAGUGCCAUGGUAAAAUAUAUUUAUAGAUGUGUUUUGUCUCAUGUGCCAAUGCUUAGAAAGUUGGCAGUAUUUUGGAUAAAUAGGGUGAGGAAUAUCAUCUGUAAUAUGUAAGAAAAGUAACAGUACUGGACAGCAUCAUGAAGUAUAACAGCUGUUUAAAAGCAAUUAUUGUUUUGCUUAAUU